AUUUCUUCUUCACUAAUUACAUACUCACAUAUCACAAUUGUUGUAAAAAGUUGUGAAAAAAUUUUAUACUCCUACAUAUUUUCUACCUGGUGGGCUCUUUUAAAAAGUCCAGCGUCUUAGCUGCUCUUCUGGGAAAGUAGUGGGGCUAUGGGUUUCCAUUCGAUGCUUGUGCUAGUCACCUGGGUUGGUGUGAUGUUAACAGCAAUAAUGGCAGCCGCAGCAAUAGCAUAUCCAUUAGCCUUGCCUAACUGCUCCGACAGCUGUGGGGAUGUAAAAAUUCCAUAUCCCUUUGGGACAACUGAAGGUUGUUACCGGAAACGGUGGAAAGAAAGUAGAAAAUUUUUUAUCAACUGUAGCGAAUCGUACCGCGGCCAACCUCAACCAAUGAUCGGAAACAUCAACGUUACAAGCAUUUCCAUCGAAGGAGAGAUGAACAUCAUGAUGUAUAACUCCAUUAACUGUUACUACCAGUGGGGUACGGCUCUGUCAAAUAACACGGCACCAUGGCUCCAGGUCCCCAGUUUCACGGUUUCUGUCACCAAAAACAAGUUUGUGGCAGUUGGCUGUGACACUUAUGCAUUCCUUAAUGGUACUCUCAGAGAUGCACCGUUUACCAUCGGCUGCCUGUCCAAAUGUAACGACACACGCAAUAUUGUAAAUGGGAAUUGCUCUGGGAUUGGGUGUUGCCAUAUAGAUAUUCCUGAAGGUUUGAAAGAUAUUAGUUUUGCAGCAAAUAGCUUUGAAAAACACAAAGAUGUCUGGUCUUUCAAUCCAUGCAGCUUUGCCUUCAUUAUCCAGAAAGACAAGUUCAGUUUCUCCUCAGCUUAUCUAACCAGUCUACAAAACAAUAGAACCUUGCCAAUGGUUCUUGACUGGGCAAUUGGUAACGAGACGUGUGAAGUUGCUCGAAACAAAAGGAAUUACAUAUGUGGAGCAAAUAGCAAUUGUUCUGAUCUCAACAAUGGUUCUGGGUACCGUUGCAAGUGCAAGAAAGGUUACGAUGGGAACCCAUACCUCAAAGAUGGUUGCCAAGACAUUGACGAAUGCAAGGAGAAAAAAAUAUGCCCGGUGAAACAAAAUUGUUUUAAUGAAGUCGGGAGUUAUCGUUGUUCGUGCAUCAAUGGAUACCAUAAGGUUGAAGAAGUAUGUGUUCCAUCACUAACAAUUUACCUCGCGGUUGGUAUCAGCAUAGUCAGCCUCUUAGUACUGCUUCUGGGAUGUUCCUGGAUAUAUUGGGGAUUGAAAAAAAGAAAGAUCAUCAAACUCAAAGAAAAAUUCUUCCAACAAAAUGGUGGCUUAUUGUUAAAACAGCAACUCUCUAGUCACCAAAAGUCUAUCGAGACAACCAAAAUCUUUACUACAGAAGAGCUCAAAAAGGCCACCAACAACUAUGACGAGAGUAGAGUCCUUGGCCAAGGAGGUUAUGGAACUGUGUAUAGAGGAGUAUUAUCAGAUAACACAGUAGUUGCCAUUAAGAAGUCCAAAAUUGGUGAUCAAAGCCAAAUCGAGCAAUUCAUAAAUGAAAUGAUUGUUCUUACCCAAAUUAACCAUAGGAAUGUGGUUAAGCUAUUUGGUUGUUGCCUAGAAACAAAAGUUCCCUUACUAGUUUAUGAAUUCAUCACAAAUGGGCCUCUUUCCAAUCACAUUCAUGAUAAAAGUCUAUCAUCCUUACUUUCAUGGGAGAAACGCCUGAAAAUUGCAACAGAAAUUGCAGGAGCACUUGCAUACUUGCAUUCAUCAACUUCUAUGUCAAUUAUACACAGAGAUGUGAAAACUGCAAAUAUACUAUUGGAUGAUGAUUAUACAGCAAAAGUGGCUGACUUUGGAGCUUCAAGGCUAGUUCCUCUUGAUCAAACACAAUUGAGCACUUUGGUGCAGGGAACUUUGGGGUACUUGGACCCAGAAUACAUGCAAACUAGCCAACUAACAGAAAAAAGUGAUGUAUAUAGCUUUGGUGUUGUUAUGGCAGAGUUGUUAACAGGUAAGAAGGCACUUUCUUUUGAUAGGCCAGAAAUUGAUAGAAAUCUAGCAAUAUCUUUUGUUUCUGCUAUAAAAGAGGAUCGCCUACUUCAAAUUUUUGAAGAUCACAUUGUUAGUGAGGGCAAUAUUGAGCAACUAAAAGAAAUUGCUAAUCUUGCAAAAAGGUGCCUAAGUUUGAGAGGGGAGGAUAGGCCUUUCAUGAAAGAAGUGGCAAAGGAGCUAGAAAGAUUGAGAAGUAUGGAAAAAACUCGAUUGGGAAACAUUGAUGUCGUUGGAAAAAAGACAGAAUACUUGCUUAGUGCAACUAGUCAUUCUUUCAACAUUGAUGUUGGCACUGGUUGUUCUACUAGUACAACUGCCGAGUAUGAUAGCAUCACAGAGCAAGUAUUGAAAUCUGUGGAAGAUGGGAGAUAGUUGCUUAGUUCUAGGUAAUAUAUUUGUAUCAAUUGAUAAUUGAAUUUGAUAUGGUAUUAUAAUGAGCUACCUAAUUCUGAAGUAUGUAUUCAACUCACAAAGUUGGGAGUUUUAAAGUUGUUUGGAAGUGUAGUAAUAUGUUUGUUUUGUAAGUGUUUUGACUAUUGGAAGUGUAGUAAUCAUGGAAGUAGUUUUUUGUUAAGGACUGUUAUGUAUGUAUCAAUGGCAAAGAUGUAGGUUUCCUAAUUA